GGGUGGUUGUCACAGACGCUAUCUGGAUAAUUCAGAUUAGUUACAAAUGGAGCAGAUUGUAACAGAUUUCCAUUGACUGCAAACAAAACGAUCUGAUCGAGAGGCAGCAUGGAAUGGCAGGGGGACCUUCCACAGAAUCAUGCCUUUGUAGAGCUCCUGCUUCCUGGGCUUCCCAGCGAGCUGGAUAUCCAACAGCUGCUCCGAGACACAGAGGACAAACUCAAACUCAAUGCCUGCAGUAUAGAACAGAGUCUGAAGGAACUGCAGGGGAAGAUGGGUGAGUCCUGGACGGGGGAGCGUCCACCCAGCCCAACGGAAUGUCUGCAGUGGUUUAACCCACGGAACCCCAGCACCGUCAGGCCUGUCGCCACAGGAAACCAGGAGCUCCUGGACUUCCUGAAAGCUCUGCUCCAGUACCUUAGGACCGAGGAGGAGGGGCGAGAGGACGUGACCCUCCAGCUGCUCCACAACAUCUCCUCCCAGUGUGGCGUGUCCUUCCCCAACACCACCCCCUCGCCCACCCCCCAGCAGCCCGGCCCCUCGGCACACACCUCGGUCCACACGGUCAGGGACGACAGUGCUCUGGAGAGCCAUGAGGUGUGGGACGAGGUACGGCUCCGGCUGCGGCGCCACCUGCUGGACAGACUUUCCUGUCCCCUCCCCGUCCCUCAGCGCAUCUACUGUCUGCAGCAGCUGUUCUUCCUCUACCCAGAGUGGGAGGUGCUGACGCUCUACCAGGGCCUGAGGAGCCAGGCUGUCCUGUCUCUGCUCCACUCUGCCCUGGCCUCCAGCCCCGGUGGGAUGGGGCUCCGUGCUGCCGCCCCAGCCCUGUGCUCAGCCCUCAGGGAGGAGCUCCAGGUCCUCAAUGGGGUGGCCAAGCCCCAUACCAUUCUGGGUUUCCUGAAUGCUGCCUACCUGAACCCUGUGUCCCAGGAGCUGGGCGCCAUGAUGGAGAGAGAGUGUGAGAAUGCCCUAAAGGACAACACUACACUGAGCGGUGGCAAGGGGAGGAAGAGCUCGGCCAGGACCAAGGCUACUGUAGCGCCUCUGGAGCUGCCCCCCAGGAGAGACAGGAACUUCAGCCUAACAUCUCACCAGCUGAAGGUCCUGACCCAGCUAGCCUGCACUCUGCUGGGCCUGGAGAGCCAAGUGGACGAGCUGGCCACUCAACUGGCAUUCAUCAACUGUGCUGGGGAGACUCCCUGCAGUGUUAGAGGAAUAUUGAAAAAGACCAAAGACGACUUGGAUAUGACCACUGUCGAUGGUAGCAAGACCACGGCAGAGACGCUCUUCCAGAGUCCGGAGGCCAUUGUUCUGGAGUUUGAUUGGAGGGCUGCUUUCAGGAAGCUGGUGCCCCAUAUGGCUCACUGUGUCAAGGUGGUGCUGGAGGAUGUGUGCACCAAGAGUCUGCAGCAGGAGGAGCUGUCACACACAUCUGGCUCCGCCCACGUGGUCCUGACUAGCACACCCCACGGAGAUGACUCCUCCCUCACCUGCCCAGAGAGGGACCGCCCCAAGAUGGUCGCCAAGUUCUGUGGCGACAUCAUGGGGGAGUGUGAUGCCCUCCUGCCCCUGGCGGAGGCGUGUGGAGAUGCCGCCCUCCUGGAGGUGCGCUGCAGCUUCGUGGAGGUGUGUGCCUGGGUCACGUCUGCCAUCCUGGGCCGUGUGGAGGAACGGGCAGGGGAGGUGCCCUCUGCUGCCCCCUUGAAGAACCUUAUUGCUCUGCUGGGCACCACUAUGUACAUCCACCAACGGCUGUGUCACUAUGAGGCUCAACUCAGAGAGACUAACCCCACCGCAGCCAGAGUCCCCAUGACACUGCUGCCCAUCCAGAGGUACCAGGAUGUGACGGAGGGCCUGAGAGAGCAGCUGGCCAGCUACUGUGUCCAGGUGUGCACCAGCACUAUCCUGCAAGACGCAGAGAGCCACCACUGGGCUGACCCCAAACCCUUCUACGAGGGUGAUAGGUGUUCAUUCUCAGUGCAGAUGUGGCACUACUUCCUGACUGGGCUGCGUACUGACCUGUGGUUGGCUGUGCCAGGCUCUGUGGGGCGGGAUGUGCUUGCUCAGGUGACCAGUGAGAGUCUGCAGGUUCUGGUGCAGAGGUACUCCAGGGCACGGCCCUCCUACAAGAGGCACCUGCAGAUCAGGUGUGACAUCACGGUGGUGCUGCUGUGUGUGGAGCAGCUCAUGUGGAGUGUGUGUGAGCGACCCGAGGCGCUGGCUCAGUCAGAGCAAUCAGUGGCGGGCUGCGUCUGGGUCGCCUCAAUCCACAGCCUGUGUGACCAGCUCCUGACCACGCUGGUCAUCGUGACCGCACCCCUGCCUCAGCUCUACUGGACUUUCCAGUACAGACCUGGAGAGGGCUCCGCGCCAGCUCUGGCCCAUUCCCCAGGCAGCCCUGGCAUACACUGGCUCAGUGCCAUCCACCCUGGCCUGUUCACCCAGCAGGCAGCACGGGAGGGCCUGGCGGGCGAAGCGACCUCCGAGUGCCAGCUGAGGCUGCUGACCUCUGACCCAAGAUGCAGUCCCAGGUUGCUGCUGACCGCCAUCCUGCACAGAGACUGUCACCUGCUGCGCGUCCUCCUGGAACAUUCCCAUUUCUGCAUGGAGGAGGAGGCAGAUGCUGAUGCUGUGUCUCCUGUGAAGAGCGAUGCUGGAGAUGAGUUUAUGGAGGCUGUGUACAACGUGCUCAGCUCUCUGAACAAUGUCCCUAAAGCCCUGACUCUGGCCCUGGAGACUUACUUUGACAGAGGACACUUAUGGGACUAUCUAUACAGCCCGGCAGAUUCAGUGCGGCCUGUCCCCGUGGUGAUCAGCUUUAUUCGGGCAGUGGUCAACCAGCCUGUCCACUGCCUUCUGGGCCAUCUGGUCACCAUGGUCCUGGCUUGGCAGGCCUCUGAGGAUCCCUGUUCCUCCCUGCUCAGACGGGACGUCCCAGACAACAUCCUCACUAAAGUCCCCAAGGAGUGGAGCUAUACCCUUCAGACACCCAAGGGGAGGGAAUCAGCUAAGAGUGUGGUGAAUCUGGCCCUCCAGGCCCUCUCCUUUAUCUACACCAACCUGCCCUCGGCCGUGGCUUCCCUCCCCCUGCCAGUACGCUUCCUCUUCCACACUGCAGAGAAACACCUUUCCCAGCAUGCUCGGCAGCUGCGCUCCACAGGCCUGCUCCUCUGGGCCCUCCUUAGCUGUCUCUGCCAGUGCCUGGAGGACCCCAACUCACUGGAGCUGCUGUGCGGCUUGCCUUUGGACCGGGGGGCCAAGGAGAGACUGGCCCUGCUGUCAGAGUGCCUCCAGGGGACCAUGGGCCAUGGCCAGCAGAAGGGUGUGCCCAAGCCCACUGUGCACAAGGUACUUCAGGCUCUGGAGGAGAGGAGGCCCAAGUGGUGCUCCAUGCAGCUGCAGAAAGCCCGCAAGCUCUGCUCCGAGAGUGCGUUUGAGUGGGGCGAGAGUGGUGUUCCACAGGAGGGGGGCGGCGGUGUGGCUGAGGCGACUGAGCAGAAAAUAGGGCUGAUACUCCUGGAGAUUUGCCACAAACCAGGUGGCUCCGAGUACCUGAGGCAAAUCUAUCAUAUCAUCCAAGUCAAUGAGCCACUGUUGAGGUCCAAGCUGUGUGUGUCCAGUGACCCCCCAAUUGACUCUCCUCAGACAGUGACCUUUGACCUGGGAACAGACAGCCCUGGUCACCCCUCACUGCGGUUCAACCCCCUCCACCAGUUUGACCACAUCGGCAGCAACAAGUUAGACCAGGCAGCCGUGGGAGACUGGGCCUGGGACUGGGCCACACUGCUGCCAACUUACCAGGGGAUGAGUCAGGUGACCUUGAGAGCACUCCUGGUCAACAGGUGACAGUCCACUGGCUCGGUGAUAGAGAGAGGGAGAGAUGGAGAGGGAGAAAAGACUGAGAAAAAGAGGCCGUGGAGAAGAGAGCAGACAUGUGCGAAGGGCCCCAUGCAUCAAGUGCACAUAUUUACAUAAACAAAUCCUCCCCGUAUAGACGGUAAUUACCACGGUGACAGUGCAGGAGAGGAAGAGAAAGAGGAUGUCUGAUUCGGCCAGAUACACACAAUGACUGAGGCAGAAACUCCAUCAAAGCGCUCGCAUGGAGGAGCCCGCUCUUUUGUAUGCAUGG